AUGGGGAGGCGGAUAGUUAACGUGUUUCUGAUCAUCAACCCAGCUGGGUUUCUGCUGUGUCUACUUGUCUUCCUCAGUGACAACGUCAAACAGGUGGUGGAGGCUUCUAACGGGACAACCAUGAACUGCCACAGAAACCAGACGGCUGUGACCGUCCCCAGCUUUGACUCCCGUCUCUACAUGUUGUGUUUCCUGCCAGCCAUUAUACUCCUGGUGUUCACCCCAAACCUGAAGUACCUGGCACCCCUCUCUCUGGCAGCCAACCUGGCCAUGUGUGCUAGUCUGGUACUCAUCUACUUCUUCUGCUUCACGAACAUCCCAAAUCAUAUCAACCUGCCCAAGGUGGGUCAUGCCAAAGACUACCCUCUCUUCUUUGGAACGGCCAUCUUUGCUUUCGAGGGCAUAGGAGUGGUCCUGCCCCUGGAGAACAAGAUGCAGAAGCCUCAGAGUUUCAAUAGGGUUCUAUGUCUGGGAAUGGGCAUCGUCACCUUCCUCUAUAUCAGCUUGGGGACCAUAGGGUAUAUGACCUUUGGAGAGGCCAUAGGGGGAAGUGUCACCCUUAACUUACCCAACUGCUGGAUGUAUCAGAUUGUAAAGCUUCUCUACUGUUUCGGUAUCUACAUCACCUUUGCCCUUCAGUUCUACGUGCCAGCUGCCGAUCCUGAUUCCUCUGUGGCCCGCGUCUCAGAGAGAUGGGAACUGACGGUUGAUCUCCUGAUCCGCACUGCGCUCGUAGUCUUCACCUGUGUCCUGGCCAUAUUGAUCCCCCAGCUGGACCUGGUCAUCUCUUUAGUGGGGUCCGUCAGCAGCAGUUUCCUGGCUCUCAUCUUCCCUCCACUCCUCCAGAUCCUCACCUACCACAACGAAGGUCUGUCUCCCUGGGUCAUCGUCAAGAACACCCUGAUCUCUGUCAUCGGCUUCAUCGGCUUCAUCACCGGCACCUAUAUAUCCAUCACAGAGAUCAUCAAACGCAACGGCAGACAUGACAAUCUGGAUGUGACCUUCUUCCAGGUCCAAUGAGAGAUCUAGUGAGGAAGAGGAGGAUAUCUUGACAGUGGUUGGUCUGGCAAACAGUGGAGGCUGGCGGGUGGAGAAAUCUGAAGACAGGCUCAUUUUAGUAUGGAUGGUACCUUCCUUCGAUUUAGUGACACCAGCCUCCACUGCUGUCAAACAAUCACAGUUAAAAGAUGUCUUCACCCUGGCUUCAGACAUGUUUUUUUUCUCUCACUUGCUCUAUUCCAUUGAUUAAACAUUUAUUGAUAUUGUGA